AUGCCCACGCCACGUGCGAUUAACCCCAUCAUACCAGGCUUUGCACCCGAUCCAUCAAUAGUCGGAGUUGCCGGCUGGUACUUUCUCGUCAACUCGACUUUUCACUUGUUCCCAGGCCUGCCCAUCUACGCUUCCAAGGACCUCGUAUCAUGGCGGCAAAUUGGUGGGCGGCUAAACUAUUCCCCCUUACUCCGUACUAAUGAACCGAGGUUAGGACAUGCCAUCAAUAGACGAGAUCAACUCAGCCUCUCCAAGUCGGCAACGAGACUAAGCGCCCCGAGCCCAUCAACAGGAGGCAAAAUCCUGCCAGCCACCGCCGGCCUCUAUGCCCCGACCAUCCGUUAUCAUGCCGGGAAGUUUUACGUUGUCUGCACCAACGCCCUAUACAACAAGAAUACGGGUCAAGUAGGCAAGCAGAACUUUCUCGUGUCGACGACAGACAUUUGGUCUGAUAUCUGGAGUGAUCCCGUAUACUUCGACUUUGUAGGUAUCGAUCCAGAUCUCUUUUUUGACGAUGGCAAGAUAUACAUUACCGGUUCUGCCACUCCGGGUCCCUGGACGCGAAUUAACUGUUUUGAGAUUGACAUUGAAACUGGCAAGCGAUUACUAGACGAAAGAACGAUUUGGACAGGCACUGGAGGUGUUUACCCCGAAGGACCACACAUUUACAAGCGUAAUGGAUGGUAUUACCUUCUUAUUGCUGAAGGUGGCACACACCUGACCCAUAUGAUUACCAUGGCUCGUUCUAGAAGCAUUUGGGGGCCUUAUGAAUCGUGUCCUAAUAACCCAAUCCUAACGGCAAACGGCACCGACGAGUACAUUCAGCAUACCGGCCACGGCGAUCUUUUCGAGGAUAAUGACGGCCAGUGGUGGGCUGUCUGCCUAGCUGUCCGCAAGGACAAGCGGGGAAGAUACGCUAUGAGCAGAGAAACCUUCCUGACGUCCGCCAAAUGGCACGGUGAAUGGCCGUCACUCGAGCCAGUCAAGCUUGUCCCUAGAGCUCUUUCUAAUAGAAAUGAGACUCCGUCACUCUCUGCUGGACCACUUAUCGACUACGUUUAUAUCCGCGAUGUCUCCUUAGGCAAAUAUUCGUUCAAUGAGUCGAACUCGAAUAUCACCCUCACCGCGUCAUCUACCGACCUCUCGGAUCCUGAAGCAUCUCCCACAUUCGUCGGAAAGAGACAAAGAUUGCUAGAAGGACAAAGCAGCGUAACGGUUGCCGGUAUCUCUGACACUUGGUCAUCGGCACGACUAAAGUGCGGUCUAGCUUACUAUAAGGAUGAGCAUAGAUAUAUUCGCAUCUUCUUCGACGCAUCGGAUUCAUCAGUUGCCUUUGAAGAAAAGAACAGUGCUCAGGAAAUUGUUAGGACAAGCUGCCAAGCUCUGGAAAAGACCCCUGAUAGUAUUUCGCUACGGAUGGAGUAUACGGAGCAGGAGUUUCACUUGAUGUAUGCUUUAGAAUCUGGACCUCAUAAAGUUUGGAUUAGACUUGCUCUUGUUGACACUAUGGACAUGACGGAUCCGGAUUUUGUUGGCCCUGUCAUUGGGGUUUUCGCUGUUUCUGAAACAGAAGGAGUCAAGGUUAACUUUGAACAGUUUUCCUGCAGUUAG